AUGAAGACGGAGGAGAAAACGAACGUGCCACGUGUGCGGAUAGCUGUCCUCGGGAACGUGGAUGUCGGAAAGUCUGCCCUCACCGUGCGCUACCUGACCCGGCGGUUCAUCGGCGAGUACAGCUCCAACACCGAUCUGUUGUACAAGCAGACCGUCACGCUGGACAGCGGCGUGCUGGACGUGGAGAUCGUCGACAUCUCGGCGGAGAACGACAACGGUUUCCCGGUCGAGCAGAUCCAGUGGGCCGACGCGUGCCUCAUCGUCUACAGCAUCACCGACCGGAGCAGCUACGAGUACGCCCAGCGGUCGCUGGCCGAGCUCCGUCAGCUGCAGAACGCCCCCUCGGCCUACCUGGUCGGCAACAAGGCCGACCUGGACCACCUGCGCGAGGUUCAGGAAACGGAAGGAGCAUCGCUGGCCGCAUCGCACGCGAUCGGAUUCUGCGAGGUUUCCGUCGCCGACAACACGCCCGCCCUCUACAAGGCCUUCGAGCGGCUGCUGGUGGAAUCGCGGGCCCGCCCGGUUAAGCCGCGCAAGUUUUCCGUCAGCAAAAUGUUCGGAACACUGAUCGGAAGCAACGGCACCCGGCAGCCCCCGGUCAGCCAGGGUACGGUCGUCCCCUGCCACAAGGGCGAGCUGCACAAGUCGCGGGUGAUGAAGCGUCGCCAGGCCUUCACCGCCACUGCCUCCCUAUGA